AUGGCCAGUUCAUCGUUCUAUGACACGCAUUUCACCAUGCUAGUUACCAUGCUCACUAGCCUCGAAGGCAUUCUUACCAAAGCUGAGGCUCAUGCGAAGGAAAACAAUAUUGAUUUCAAUGCCGAAUAUGCCCCAGCAAGGCUCUUCGAAGACAUGUAUCCCCUAACCUUCCAAGUGCAGACCGUGUCGAAUACCAUUAAGGGAUUUGUCAAGAUUGUGCUUGGGGUCGAGGUCGGGACAUGGGACGAUAACGAGACCACGUUCGAGCAGCUAUUCGCCCGCAUCAAGAAGACCCGAGACCUCACCGAUGGCCUCAGGCCGGAGGACGUGAAUGGCAAGGAGAACCUUCAGGUUGAAGGAAAGGCUGGGCCCCUUGCCUACAAGACAACAGGUAUAACCUAUGCCUCGACUUUUACCAUACCGAACACCUUCUUCCACCUACAGACUGCCUACGCUAUUUUGCGUAUGAAGGGUGUUCCUCUGUCGAAGAGAGACUAUCUCGUUCCCUUCAUGCUAUGCGACCCAGGCAACCCAUUUGGACAAAAGUAG